CGGGGCGGUGCUCCCCCUUCCGAUGAGUCGGCUCUGAGGUUCAGUCAGCGCCGAGAGCACGGAGCCGCCGGUGCCGCCAGCCCGACACCCGCCGCCCGCCGCCGCCACCGCCCGCCCUGAGGAGCCGCCGCUGCCCGCCUCCCCUCGCCCCUUCCCCCCCCAGCGCCAUGGCCUCGGGAUCCGAUUCUAAAGCAGAUGACUUAUCGACUGCAAUUCUGAAGCAGAAGAACAGGCCUAAUCGGUUAAUUGUUGAUGAAGCCAUCAAUGAAGACAACAGUGUUGUGUCACUGUCCCAGGCAAAAAUGGAUGAAUUACAGCUGUUCAGAGGAGACACUGUUCUGCUAAAAGGAAAGAAGAGGAGAGAAGCAGUCUGCAUUGUUCUGUCAGAUGAUACCUGCUCAGAUGAGAAGAUUCGCAUGAACAGGGUUGUUCGCAACAACCUGAGAGUGCGCCUGGGUGAUGUGAUCAGCAUCCAGCCUUGCCCAGAUGUGAAAUACGGCAAACGUAUCCAUGUGCUGCCCAUUGAUGACACAGUGGAAGGGAUCACGGGGAACCUGUUUGAAGUCUAUCUCAAGCCAUACUUCCUGGAAGCGUACAGACCCAUCAGGAAAGGUGACAUCUUCCUGGUACGUGGAGGGAUGCGUGCAGUGGAGUUCAAAGUGGUGGAGACAGACCCAAGUCCAUACUGCAUAGUGGCUCCAGACACAGUGAUCCAUUGUGAAGGAGAGCCCAUCAAAAGAGAGGAUGAAGAGGAGUCACUGAAUGAAGUGGGCUAUGAUGACAUUGGUGGCUGCCGGAAGCAGCUGGCCCAAAUCAAAGAGAUGGUGGAGCUUCCCCUCCGACACCCUGCGCUCUUCAAGGCCAUAGGGGUGAAGCCUCCACGUGGGAUCCUGCUGUAUGGUCCUCCUGGCACUGGUAAAACACUGAUUGCCCGAGCUGUGGCCAAUGAAACAGGAGCUUUCUUCUUCCUGAUCAACGGUCCUGAGAUCAUGAGCAAGCUGGCUGGUGAGUCUGAGAGCAACCUGAGGAAAGCCUUUGAAGAAGCAGAGAAGAAUGCUCCUGCCAUCAUCUUCAUUGAUGAACUGGAUGCCAUUGCUCCUAAGAGAGAGAAGACACAUGGAGAGGUGGAACGUCGCAUAGUGUCUCAGCUAUUGACUCUUAUGGAUGGACUGAAACAGAGAGCUCAUGUGAUUGUCAUGGCAGCUACCAACAGACCGAACAGCAUCGACCCAGCACUCAGGCGAUUCGGUCGUUUUGACAGAGAGGUAGAUAUUGGUAUCCCAGAUGCCACCGGGCGCCUGGAGAUUCUGCAGAUCCACACAAAAAAUAUGAAGCUGGCUGAUGAUGUGGAUCUGGAACAGGUGGCAAACGAGACCCAUGGCCAUGUUGGUGCUGACUUGGCUGCUCUUUGCUCAGAAGCUGCUCUUCAGGCUAUCAGAAAGAAGAUGGAUCUCAUAGACCUUGAAGAUGAAACCAUCGAUGCUGAAGUGAUGAACUCGCUGGCUGUGACCAUGGAUGACUUCAGGUGGGCUCUGAGCCAGAGCAACCCUUCAGCUCUUCGGGAGACUGUGGUGGAGGUGCCUCAAGUUACCUGGGAAGAUAUUGGUGGUCUAGAAGAUGUAAAGAGAGAACUCCAGGAGCUUGUACAGUAUCCUGUGGAGCAUCCAGACAAGUUCCUCAAAUUUGGCAUGACCCCAUCGAAAGGGGUUCUGUUCUACGGGCCACCGGGUUGUGGUAAGACACUGCUGGCCAAAGCCAUUGCCAAUGAGUGCCAGGCAAACUUCAUCUCCAUCAAGGGGCCGGAAUUGCUCACCAUGUGGUUUGGUGAGUCUGAAGCCAACGUGCGUGAGAUCUUUGACAAGGUGAGUGCUGCUUCUGCUCCCUGUGCUACGUUUGUGCUGGGGGACCCCCAGAACUUUGUCUCUGCUGCAUUUGUCGUACUGGCCUGGUUCUUGUUUGUGUCUUUGUUGUACUAG